GCGCUGCUGCCUGCUCCUCCGUCGAGCCGCCAUGUUGUUGGACUGAAAGCCUGGGGUGUCAGAGAGAAACUGGGGCCGAAAUCCGCUACCAUCCAUCCUCUCCGCCGGCUGUGGUGGAAUGAGCAGUGUGUGUGUGUUGAAGAGGAAAGCAGUGCUCUGGCAGGAUUCAUUCAGCCCCCACCAUAGAAGUACAUCUCCCAGCAUGCCUGUGGUGCUGAGCAGCGGAGGACAUGCCCCCCAAACUGGACAGACCCAUCAGGCCACACCCCCCAGCCAGCAGGGUGUGGCGGGUGCAGGACGUUCCCAGGAUGAUGCCAUGGUAGACUACUUCUUCCAGCGGCAGCAUGGCGAACAGCCCGGCAAACAUCGCUGGCCCACUGGGGACAACAUCCAUGAUUGUCAGGUGAGGUCCAUGGACGAGCUGAACCAUGACUUCCAGGCUCUGGCUUUGGAGGGACGUGCCAUGGGAGAGCAACUCCUAACUGGUAAGAAGUUCUGGGAGACGGAUGACUCUGGGAAAGAUGGACCAAAGGGGAUCUUUCUGGACCAGUGGCGGGACAGUGCAUGGGGUGCCUCAGAUCACUCAGUGUCUCAGCCAAUCAUGGUGUCCCGUCGGCCAGGCCAAGGUUUCCAUGGUGGAGGUGAAGUGGGGGUGGGCUCAGUGAUGUCACCGCGAUCUGAAAGUGGGGGGUUAGGAGUCAGCAUGGUGGAAUAUGUUCUGUCCUCCUCGCCAGCAGACAAACUAGAUUCCUGCCUUCGAAAAGGACCAUAUGGACAGAGGGAUGGAGAGGUAGAAGAAGAAAAGAGGGAAAAGCCAAAGACAGCAUUUGAGGGAGAGAAGCUAAAGGAGUUAACAGAAGGUGAAUCUGAUGUCAUCAGUGAUGUCAUCAACCCUAAUGGACUGCCUGUACAGAAUGGCCUCGAUGUUGACGUCAAGGAGUUUGGUCGUCCCCCAGGCAACAUGCCCGCCCCUGGCCCUGAGGGUGACCUGCUGGGAGGUCCUGGGGGAGUAGGGGCUGAAGGCUUGACACCCCUAGGGGGUGGAGGAGGUCCCAAACCUCCUGAGGACUUCUCUGGUGUGGAGCAAGGUGGUGUUACUAUGGACCCCAUGGAGUCGGUGAUGGAGCCACUUCAGUUUGAUUACAACUCUCAGAUGCCCAUGGACUCUGCGCCCACUGUGGGCUUAUUUGAUUACACUAACCAGCAGCAGCUGUUUCAGAGAAACAAUGCCCUGGCCGUGCAGCAGUUAACAGCAGCCCAGCAACAGCAGUACGCAUUGGCAGCCGCACAGCAGCCUCACAUUGGACUGGCCCCAGCAUUUGUGCCCAAUCCUUACAUAAUCAGUGCUGCACCACCAGGAACAGACCCCUACGCUGCAGGACUUGCAGCAGCAGCUACACUUGGCCCAGCAGUGAUGCCUCCCCAGUACUAUGGUGUGACACCCUGGGGGGUCUAUCCAGCCAACCUAUUCCAGCAGCAGGCUGCUGCAGCCAACAGUUCGGCCAAUCAACAGGCAGCAAGCCAGGGCCAGCAGAACCAACAGCAGGUGAUGCGUGCUGGAGGAAACCAGCGCCCUUUGACCCCCAGCCAGGGUCAGCAGGGUCAGCAGAAUGACCAGCUGGUUGCAGCAGCUGCAGUGAACUCGGCCCUCGCUUUUGGUCAGGGAUUGGCAGCAGGUGUCCCUGGGUACCCAGUCUUGGCGCCUGCAGCCUAUUAUGAUCAGACAGGGGCCCUGGUGGUCAACACUGGAGCCAGGAGUGGCCCUGUCCGCCUUAUGGCCCCGGCCUCUGUCAUCAUAUCUCCCUCUGCAGCACAAGCAGUUGCAGCAGCAGCAGCCUCUGCAGGUGGUGCCAACGGUGGUUUGGGCGGAGGGGCUAAUGGUCCAUUCCGUGCCAUGACAUCCCAGCAGCCUCAGCAGCAGGGUGGCCCUGGCGGUGCUCUGGGAGGAAGUUCUUUCUAUGGAUCCUCCUCCCUGAGCUCCUCCUCCCAGAGCUCCUCACUCUUCUCCCAAGGCUCUGCCCAGCCUGGACCAGGGUCUGCUUCUUUGGGCUUCAGCCAGCCUUCCUCGUCCUCCCUUGGAGCCACACUUGGAGCCACCCUGGGAGGUUUUGGUACUGCAGUGGCUAACGCGAGUGGUGGCAAUGGUUCCAGGCGGGACUCCCUGACAGGAAACAGUGAAUUGUACAAGCGCACCCCCAUUGGCCAUGGAGGCUUUUAUAAUGGCACCUUGGGCUUCAGUCCAUCUCCUGGCCCUGUGGGCAUGCCCCUACCUAACCAGGGGCCCUCCCAUUCCCUCACACCCCCACCUUCCCUGUCUAAUCACAGCUCCUCAUCCAACCUCAAUUUAGGAGGCCUGACCAAUGGCAGUGGUCGUUUCAUCUCUGCAGCUCCAGGUGCCGAGGCCAAGUACCGCAGCACCGCCAGCUCAGGCUCCUCCCUCUUCUCACCCAGCAGCCAGCUGUUCCCGUCGUCACGGCUACGCUAUGGCAUGUCGGACGUGAUGCCUUCAGGCCGGAGCCGUCUGCUGGAGGACUUCAGAAACAACCGCUACCCCAAUCUGCAGCUUAGAGACAUUGCAGGUCACAUCAUGGAGUUCAGCCAAGACCAGCACGGCAGCAGGUUUAUCCAGUUAAAAUUAGAGCGAGCAAGUUCAGCAGAGCGCCAGCUUGUCUUCAGUGAGAUCCUGCAGGCGGCCUACCAGCUCAUGGUGGAUGUGUUUGGAAACUAUGUUAUCCAGAAGUUCUUCGAGUUUGGCAGCCUGGACCAGAAACUAGCUCUAGCUGAGAGGAUCCGAGGUCAUGUGCUGUCGUUGGCUCUGCAGAUGUAUGGCUGCAGGGUCAUUCAGAAAGCUCUGGAGUUCAUCCCCUCGGAUCAGCAGGUCAUUAGUGAGAUGGUUCGUGAGCUGGACGGCCAUGUGCUGAAAUGUGUGAAAGACCAGAACGGUAACCACGUUGUGCAGAAGUGUAUCGAAUGUGUCCAGCCUCAUGCAUUGCACUUCAUCAUUGAAGCCUUUAAGGGACAGGUCUUUGCCCUCUCCACUCACCCAUAUGGCUGCCGAGUCAUCCAGCGCAUUCUCGAACACUGCCUUCCUGAACAGACUCUGCCUAUAUUAGAGGAGCUCCAUCAACACACAGAGCAGCUUGUGCAGGACCAGUAUGGGAACUAUGUGAUCCAGCAUGUUUUGGAGCAUGGGCGAGCUGAGGAUAAGAGUAAAAUAGUGGCUGAGAUAAGAGGCAAUGUACUGGGACUCAGCCAGCACAAGUUUGCCAGCAAUGUGGUGGAGAAAUGUGUGACCCACGCAUCUCGGGCAGAACGUGCAGUGCUGAUAGAUGAAGUGUGCAGCCUGACUGAGGGCCCCCACAGUGCCUUAUACACAAUGAUGAAGGACCAGUAUGCCAACUACGUGGUGCAAAAGAUGAUCGACGUGGCCGAGCCUACACAGCGCAAAAUCGUAAUGCAUAAGAUCCGGCCUCACAUUUCCACCCUGAGGAAGUACACAUAUGGGAAACACAUCCUGGCCAAGCUAGAGAAGUACUACAUGAAGAAUGGUGUUGACCUGGGUCCUCUUUGUGGCCCUCCUAAUGGCAUCAUGUAAACUGACCCCACUCCAACCCUGCCCAUCCUGAAAUUAUGUCGACAACCUGAAGAGAGCCUCUCCACCACCCUUCAGGGUCACCUUCCUCAUGCUGUUGUGUCUGCCAGCCCCACCCAACUGACCCUGUCAGACCUUUGAGAAAAUAUCAUGCACACCCUCCUAAUUCCCCAUCCACUGAGGAUGCAGAGUACCCCUCGUGCCACUGUUUCCAUGACAACCCUUUGGAAGGAGCCUGUUGCUACAGGCAGCCUUAGUUUUUUUUUUUUUUUUUUUUUUUUGUCUUUGUUACCCCUCCCCCACCCAAGCCCAGGCCUGCUGAACUGGGGGAAGGAGUUUAGGGAGUGGAGGGAGAGGUGAGACCUGAUCCACCCAUCGCUUCACUCCCCUCUGGAUUCGUUUCCCUUUCAUCUCUUCUUUAUGUUGUUUCUGAUGAACUUUCAUUUUUUGCUACUGCUGCGCACACAAUCCUGGCGUCCCUUCCUCUCUCUCUUCCCCCCAUCCCUUGCUAUGUACCACUUUGAGAUGGAACGACUAUUUAAUUUGUCUCAAGUCACAGAAUCAUAGACAAAUACACACACCAUCAGCUAACCAGCAGACAGAUCAUUUAGCAUGGGAGAUUUGUUUUCUGGUCUUGCUUCUAUAAAUAUAACGUGUAUACUUGGUGUAGACCUUUGCAUAUAUAUAUAUAAAUAUAUAUAUAAAACUUUGUAGUUUUUCUGGUUUUUGAUGUUGAAUCUGUAUCUAUAAUGUAUCCUAGUAGUGACCACAUACUUCUGACUGUAUAAUUGUACAUUUGUAAACCCUUGUAAUGUAAAAGUGCUUUACCACCCUUUUUGGUAUGAGAGAAAAAAGAAAAACUCACUGGGUUAAAAAAAAAAAAAAAAAAAAAAAAAAAAUAAUAAAAAAAAAACCUGUGCAUUUCAGUGUAUAUUCUCACCUCUUUGGUUGUGACAUAUGAGUUGUUGUAUAUUGUAAAUUGUAAUAUCAAAUUUUUGUUUUGAGAAGCCCUUUCUAUACAGCGUAGUACUUGUACAAAGAUUUGCCACGCUUGGUUUUAUCUUUAUCAUGUCACUGCUUAACUUAAGACUUCAUCUUCCCACUGACUCCCAAUUGGACACGUUUGGUUAAACUUGGUGGUGUCAUGCUUAUGUUUUGUUUUUGUUUUUGUUUUUUUAAGAUCUUUUUAUAGGAAUGCUUUACCCCAAGAAAUAUUUGUGUAUGGGUACGCUGGCUGGGCGGGAGAAAUAGCUUUUACUCAUUCAAACCCCAACCCCCCUCCAGAUCCCUAAAUUACUCAUGACUGUUUUCAUGGGUAAACCCAUGGAUUGUACAGAGGAGAUUCUUUCUUGUGUUUUUUGGAAUUUCUCUAGUGCUGUAAGUGCUGUAUCAUACUGUCAAUGUCCAUUUGGGUAAAAGAGAGGCGGCCCGCCCCAGCGCGGUGUACAUUUGGAGCAGCCUUGUGUAUAUUUACUACGAGCACACCUGUAACCAUAUGUGUAUAGUUAACAGAACCUGUGUAUGCUUAUUGCCUGGGCAACUAUUUUUUGUAACUCCAGUUGUAGAUUGUCUCUAAACAAUUGUGUGAUCUUUAUUUUGAAACCAAACUGAACAAAAAAAAAAAAACUUUGAAAAUUU